CUGCAAGCCAACUAUAUCAAGUUUCUUGCAUUUUGGUGUAGGCUUUUUCAUCUAGUCAACUUGUUUGCAAAUCAGACUGCAUUAAGAAGGGCAAACCCAGGAACAUGAUGGGACUUCUGCUUUUUCAAUUGCUUUUACAAGGUGUUCUGCUUUAUGAUGCUUUGGGAUGGGAAGUGAGAAUGCCAAAAGAAAUCCGCGGCCUCCAAGGUUCCUGUCUGGUCAUACCAUGUUCUUUCAGCUACUCAUCAAACCCACCCAAAAACCCAUAUAGAGUUGUGUGGUAUCAGUGGGUCUCUAGAGGUUAUCCUUUAGUUUAUGAUCCAUUGCAUCCAAAUGAUGUCAUUGAGAAGUUCAGAGAGAAAACUUAUUUAUAUCGUGAACCAUCAAGUUGGGAUUGCAGUCUGCUGAUCAAAAACCUUGAACUGUCCCACCAUGGAGAGAAAUUAUACACAUGGAUUGACCCUGAAAAUGUUGGAUGGCGCACAUACAAAUUUUAUGAUGUCACCUCUACAGUCUUUGUCGAUGAAAAGCCACAGCUGCCCAGCAUCAGUAUUUAUGGAGGUGAAAGGAUGGGUGACGCCAUCACAGUAGAAUGUUCAACUUUCCACACGUGUUCAUACAGAAAACCAGGCAUCUCUCUGAACGGUAUAGAAGGAUCUGAUCAAAAAAAGGAUGAACAUAUUAAAGACGGCCUGUGGAAAAUAACUCUGACACGUACAGGUGUCGUAAAGGCAGAAAGCACGACUAUUAAGUGUUCAGUAACACAUCAUGGUGGCAUAAAAGUGAAAGCUACAGAGGUCAAAAUGUCAAAAUGUGUUCAUCAUAACAUAACGAUUGAGCCUGAACUGGCAGAUGUCACAGAGGGCGUCGCAAAGAACUUCAUUUGUAGCGUCUACCAUUCCUGCCAGAAAGAGAAUCCAACCAUCACAUGGAACUAUGAGAACAUGCAGGUCACAGAGUGGAGCAAAACACUUUCAGGUUUAGAUCGGAUCACCUACUCCAACAUAACCUUUCUGGGUGCAAAAGAAGACCAUGGAAAGAAAUUGAUAUGUACUGCAUAUUUUACUGGAGGAGACAUUAAAACCUCAGUUGUUUUACAUGUACAACAGUACCAGAAACCAGUCCAGAUCCUGAAUAAAACUCAUUUCCAACAUGUGGCAGACGUGAUACCCAAGAUCACCGCGUUGCCUCGUUCAUGUGUGGUAAUACCGUGCAGUUUCAAGAUGGAAGAGGAAUAUGUCACUCGUCUUCGGGUUCUUUGGGUCACCAAAAAAGGUGGCUACAUGUUCCACACCGACCCAGUCGAUGUCUUGGACAACUUCAAAGGCCGCACAAGGCUCCUCGGAAACCUUGAUGAGCAAGACUGUACUGUGGAGAUGGAUAAUGUGCAAACUCAUGACAACGGGCCGUUUUGCUUCCGAGCAGAAAGAGAAAAUGAGAGAUACAGCUUCAACAACAGCUGUGUGUUCAUUAUAAUGCGGGCACCCGAUAAACCUGUGAUGUCAUCCCUCCCUGAAGACAUCGAGCCCGGGACACGAGUCGCCGUCAAAUGCUCAGUCAACCACACAUGCUCCUCUCACCCUCCCCAAAUCACCUGGAGCGUCCCAACAGCCCGAGAAACUAUCAGCCACAGUCACAUGGGUGGAGGCGUCUGGGAAACAGUGUCCGCUGUGACCUUUGUUCCUACUGGAUAUGAAGAGAAAGAUGAAAUUGUCUGCACUGCCAAAUUUUGGGGUGGUAAAACACAGGAAAAUACUGCCUUCCUCAGUAUUAGAAGAGUUCAAGGCGUUGGAUUUGGGCCUUAUGCCAUUGUAUCUUCACUUGUCUUCAUCCUUAUUUGUGUACUUACUGGAGUCUUCAUAUAUAAAAGGCAACACAGGUUUGUAUGUUUUUUUGGCUUAUACUUAUGCUUUAGAAUGUCUGCAUUUAAAUUUAAAUCUCUAUAG